AUGGCGUUGGUGUUCACGGAAUUGUUGGCCAAUUUUCUUCUGCCGGCCUUGGCGGUGCUGUUAUUCGUCACGGCGUCGAAACUGCGCGGGCGGAACAAACUGCCGUUUCCGCCGGGGCCUCCGCCGCUGCCGGUGAUCGGCAACAUGCUGAUCAUGGACCAGCUGACGCACCGCGGCCUGGCGAAGCUGAGCGAGCGCUACGCUGCCGGCGUGGGGCUGAUCCACCUGCGCCUGGGGGCCCGGCGGGUGUUCGUGGUGUCAACGCCGGAGAUGGCGCGGCAGGUGCUGCAGGUGCAGGACGCUGUUUUCGCCAACCGGCCGGCGACGAUCGCCAUCGCCUACCUGAGCUACGACCGCGCCGACAUGGCCUUCGCAAACUACGGACCGUUCUGGCGCCAGAUGAGAAAGCUCUGCGUCGUCAAGCUCUUCAGCAAGAAGCGCGCCGAGUCAUGGACUCCGGUGAGGGAGGAGGUGGCUGCUGCGGUUCAGGCCGUUGCAGAGAAGGCCGUUUCCGGCGCCGCCGUAAACAUUGGCGAGCUCAGUUUCAAACUCACGAUGAGAAUCACAUACCGGGCGGCGUUCGGGACGCAACAGAGCAGCGAUGCCAAGCACCAGGACGAGUUCAUAGCCAUCAUAUCGGAGUUCUCCAAGCUCUUCGGCGAGUUCAACGUCUCCGACUUCUUCCCCUGGUUCAGCUGGUUCGAUCCGCAAGGCUUCAACAAGCGCCUCAAGGUCGCCAGGGAAGCGCUGGAUAAGUUCAUCGACAAGAUCAUCGACGAGCACAUGGCCAACCCGAAGGCCCCGGAUGCGACUGACGGAGACAUGGUGGACGAGAUGCUAGUGUUCCUGGACGAGGCCGCCGGUGACGGGGGCAGAGGAGCGGCGGAGAAGGAUGAACUGAUGUUGGGGAACUUUAAGUUGUCGAGGGACCACAUCAAGGCCCUAAUCAUGGACGUGAUGUUUGGGGGAACGGAAACGGUGGCCUCCGGGAUCGAGUGGGCGAUGGCGGAGCUACUGAACAGCCCCAACGACUUGCGACGCCUGCAGGAAGAGCUCGCCGCCGUGGUCGGCCUAGACCGGCCGGUCCGCGAGAGCGACCUCGAGAAGCUGCCCUUCCUCAAGUGCGUCACCAAGGAGACUCUCCGCCUCCACCCUCCGAUCCCGCUUCUUCAGCAUCAGACGGUGGCGGACGCGGAGGUGUCGGGGUAUUUCCUCUCUGCGGAUUCAAGGGUGCUAGUCAACGUCUGGGCCAUCGGUCGCAACGAGGCGCUGUGGAAGGGCGCGUCUGAGUUCCGGCCGGCGCGGUUCGCGCCGGGGGGCGAGGCGGAGGGACUGGACUUCAAGGGAGGCUUCUUCGAGUACCUGCCCUUCGGGUCUGGCCGGCGGUCGUGUCCCGGGAUGCAACUGGGACUGCUGGGGCUUGAGCUGGCGGUGGCGCAGUUCGUGCACUGCUUCGACUGGACGCUGCCCGCCGGGAUGAAGCCCGGCGAGAUCGACAUGGGAGACGUCUUCGGGCUGACGACGCCCAAGGCGGUGAAGCUCGUGGCUUCCCCCCGCCCGCGGCUCACCCAUGCGCUGAUCGCGGGCAGCGACCGAUCAUCUGCCGGCCGUGAUUAUUUAUAAUUAUUUUGAUAUACAUUAUCAAAUAUAAUUUUUAUGCACUUUAUAAUCCUUAUAAUAAAGCCUUGGCAUUCUCUGAGUGUUAGAAGCUGCCAAGCUAUAUGUCUAAACAAUUAAGUCCUAGAAAACCUUAGAUUAAAUAAAUUAUGUCCAAAAGAAUACUUGAAAUAAAGUAAU